CAAAACUUAUUAUAGUGGACUAUAAUUGCUCUACUUUCUGCGAAGGGGGAGAGAGAGAGAUGGAUACGACGACAGCUGAGACGAGUAGUACAGGAGCAGAGGGAGCUGCGCAUCAGCCGUUGACGACGGCGGCGACGGCGGAGGAGAAAAGCAAAACGAAGGUGUUGGUGGCUAUGGAUGAGAGUGAUGGGAGUUUUUAUGCACUUAAGUGGGCACUUGACCACUUUUUCUGGUAUCCUAUUCAGCCUGAUCAGGAGCCUGGCAUGAUCAUUUUGGUUCAUGUUCAGCCAAUCUUCCAACCCUUCAUUUACCCUGCUGGACCAGUGGUCUAUGCGACCCCUUCUAUGUUGGAUUCUGUGAAGCAAGCCCAAGCACAAAAUGCUGCUUCUAUAUUCUCUCGUGCUUUGCAGAUGUGCAAAGAAAAGAAGAUCAAAGCAGAAACUUUAAUUCUUGAAGGAGAUCCAAAGGAUAGGAUUUGUCAAGCUGCAGAACAAUUACAUGCUGAUCUUUUAGUCAUUGGUAGCCGUGGGCUUGGCACAAUCAAACGGGCUUUCCUUGGAAGCGCUAGCAACUAUUGUGCUCAUCACGUCCAGUGUCCCAUUCUCAUUGUGAAGCCUCCGCCUCCGAGUAAAGAGUCUCACUUGGAAUAAUGAAAUGAAAUAAGAAUGUAAGAAUGUACUGUAAAAUCAGAAGUAUAAUGUUUGUAAUAUUGUUGAGAUUUCUAUCUUUCCAUUCCCUUGUUAAUAUCUGGCAAUUAAAUUCUGUCAGAUUUGUCAUUCCAUUUAGAAAAAAAAAAAAAAAAAAAAAGAACAUAAAGUUGAGUGAUCUUCUGGGAGCAGCUUGAAGAUGACUGACUGUAUUGAAAUAAAGUCCGAAGUUUCAGUGA